CUGAAUAAAUGUCACACCGUGUUACGAAAUAAAAAUCAAAAAUUGAUAAAAAAUCACAAAAUCCCGAUUUUCUCACGACAAUUGCAAAUAAAAACCCCUGAAAAAUGCCGAUGCCCAGCGGAACAAUCUACAAUCAAGGUCAAAUGGGACAACCCAGUUGCUUCGAUCGCAUGAAAAUGGGAUUCACAAUUGGAAUGUGUGUUGGAAUGGCAUCUGGAGCUCUUUUCGGAGGUUUCGGAGCUUUACGUGCGGGACUUCGAGGCAGAGAAUUAAUCAACAACGUCGGAAAAGUCAUGCUGCAAGGCGGCGGUACAUUUGGCACGUUUAUGGCAAUCGGUACCGGCAUUAGAUGUUAAAAAAAUGGCAUUUUCGUUGAAAUAUAAUUUUAAGACAGCAUUUUACGUACACAAAAACACGAAAUUUAGGCGCAUAGACGAGUUGUAAAAAUAUCCUUUAAAUAAAAAAUGAGUCCUUACCUUCUUCA